GUCCCCGCCCUGCUGGCCUACCGGCGCGCCCAGGACCAAGAGGCCCUCCUGGCCCUCGAGUUCACCGGCCUGGCCGAGUACCUGGCGCUGCUGCGGGCCGCCGCCCGGGCCCUCGCCCCCUUGGGUUCCAGUGCCAUGUUCUAUUUGGCAGCCGCUGUAUCUGACUUUUACAUCCCUCCUUCCGAGAUGCCCGAACAUAAGAUCCAGUCGACCGAUGGACCUCUGCAGAUCACCAUGAAGAUGGUACCAAAAAUGCUUUCCCCUCUGGUGAAAGAAUGGGCCCCCGAAGCAUUUGUGAUCUCGUUCAAGCUGGAAACCAACCCGGACAUCUUAAUUGAGAAGUCCCGGCGGGCCUUGGAGAAAUACCGCCACCAGGUGGUCAUUGCCAACCUGCUGGAGUCCCGGAGAACCUCUGUGAUUGUGGUGACCCGGGAUCUGGAGACCCGGCUGUCGCUUUCGGAAGAUGAAAUUGCUCAGGGCCUGGAAAUUGAGGAGAAGAUCGUGAGCCACCUGGAGUCUCGGCACAGAGAUUUCAUACAGCAGGGAUCCUCUACUUAAAAGUGAAUUGUCUGAAUCUUUAAAUCAUAACUAAAAACGGUUUGGUGGUGGUGGUGGUGGACUUACAAGACUCCUGUUAUUUGAUAAUCAGGGAUGACUCAACUACAGGGUUGUAUGGGAUAAAAAGUAAAACUGUGACACUACAUGACUUUUUUGUACACAGUGGCUGCUUACUGGAGAAAAUAUAUAUGUAUAUAAAUAACAGAAACAUUCCAACCUCGUAGCUUGUCUUACUAUAUGCAGUCUCCUAGCCAGGGUUUUUUUUUUUUUUUGAGUUGUUGUAUUCAAAUCAUUACCAUGUUAUGUGUGUCUUGCCUUCUACUGAACAGAGUUUUCCCUAAAUCAUUUUGUUGUUAGGAGAUCUAAAAUGGAAUGCCUUAAGUCAAGUUUCUAAUAUCUUUCCAUGGCCUCAGGAAAUCAGUCCCUCUUUGUCACAGAGAAUGCUGUAACGUCGCUUUCGUUGCCUGUAAAACAAAAUCCUCGUACGCAAGACAAUGGAACAACUCUGAUGGAGAAGACAUUUUAUUUGGGCCAAAAGCGGGGUUUAGAUUGCUUGGAAUAAAGAGUGAUUGUCCGCA